ACUCGAAAAAUAGCCUCUCCAACCCUACUUCCCUAGGCCGUAAAAAAAAAACCCCUACUUCCCUAGGCCGGCGGCGGCGGCGGAGCGGUGGACUGCAGGCAAAGCGGCGGCGGCGGGCGGCGAGCCGGCGAUCUGCGACGUCGCACGCACCGCGCGGAGGUUGGAGCUUGGAGGAGGAGCGAGGCAGCGAGCCGGGGAGGGGCGGAGGGCUGGCGCCAGGCGCCCAGGCGAGCAGCGGCUUGCGGCCGCAGGCACCCGCUCUCAGCGGCGGCGCGGCACGGCGGCAGCCAGAAGGCAGCUCGCGCUCAUAGCUUGUGCUGCGGGCGGCGCAUGUAUCCGCUAGGCGCCAGCCUCCAAUCUCUGCUCAUCUCAUCGACAUCACCUGUUCUUUAGUCAAACUUGGACAGUUGUAAGGCAUUCUUGGGUUCCAUCGACAACAAACAAGAUCUAACACACGUUCUCGCAGCUCGGCCUAGCUAGUCCGGACUCCAGAUCUCAACCACCACCUACCAUAUAUCCUGUAAGCUCUUCCCUCUGCUCCAAAACUCAGAUGCGUUCCCUUCCUCUCUUGCUCCGGAUCAUCUCUCUGUCAUGAUUUUACGGGUUCAGCUGCUAGCCUAUAAGCAUGGCUGAGGAAACCGCCAACAACACUCAAGUGGCCCAAGAAAAUGACGUUGCUCCCAAUGAUGAGGCAGUCCAAGCAGAUGAAUUGGUCCAAGCUGAAGAUAUGGCUCAAGCUGAUGAGUUGAUACAAGGAGAAGAAAUCAAUCAAGGUGAUGAGUUGGUUCAUGGUGAUGAUUUCAUCCAAGGAAAUGAGUUGGUCGUUGCUGAGGAAACGACCCCUCGGACCGGAACCAGACGGAGGAGAAAAAGGUCCUCGGUAUGGGAGCACUUCACUAUUGAAGAAGUCGCUGGAGGCGCCACACGGGCAUGCUGCAAUCUCUGUAAGCAAACCUUUGCUUACAGCUCUGGCCCAAAGAUUGCUGGGACUAGCCAUCUCAAGAGGCACAUCACCUUGGGUUCUUGUCCUAAGAUAAAUAAUCAAGAGCAGAGGCUGGCACUGCCUUCAGCAGGAGGUACUGACAAUGAUGGUGAGGGAACUGUGGAGCGGCGAACUAAGAGACGAUACAGAUAUACUGGUUAUGCAAAUGCUGCUUUUGAUCAAGACCGCAGUUGCUCAUACCUGGCGAAGAUGAUCAUUCAGCAUGACUACCCGCUUCACAUUGUUCAACAGCCGGCAUUCAGAACUCUUAUUGAGAGCCUGCAGCCACGUUUCAAGAUUGUGGAUGUUGAUACGAUGGAGGGAGAGGUGUAUGCUGUUUAUCAGAAAGAAAAAGAGAACCUGCAUCAAGCAUUCAACACUAUGCCUGGAAGGAUCAGCCUCACCAUAGGAUUGUGGACAACGAGUCAGACUCUUGGCUAUGUUUCACUUGCAGGGCAGUUUAUUGACUCAGAGUGGAAAGUACACCGAAGAAUGCUUAGCUUCAUGAUGGUGUCUUCUCCUCACUCAGAGAAUGCACUUAGUAAAGCAAUUAGCAUGACCCUUUCUGACUGGAAUAUGAAGGACAAACUAUUCACCAUCACAUUGGAUAAUGAAUGUUCCUCACAUGACAUCUACAGUGCAAAUCUGAGGGAUUAUCUCUCCAACAAGAACAAUCUCAUGCUUAAGGGACAGCUGUUUGUUGUGAGGUGCUACGCCCAUAUCCUUAAUGCUGUCGCCCAAGACGUCAUUGCUUCAAUUCACGGUGUCAUCUACAAUAUCCGUGAAAGCAUAAAGUUCAUAAAAGCUUCUUCUGCCCGUGAAGAGAAGUUUGCUGAGAUUGCUCUGCAGCUGGAGAUUCCCAGUACGAAGACCCUCUGUCUAGAUGUCACAACCCAGUGGAACACCACUUAUCUGAUGUUACUGGCCGCCUUGGAUUAUAAGCAGGCUUUCACUACACUUGAGACCUGUGAUGAUAACUACAAUGAAGCUCCUUCAGGAAAGGAUUGGAAGAAAGUUGAGGCUGCCUGUUCUUACCUGAGACUGCUAUAUGACUCAGCUCAUAGUAUCAUGGCAUCAACAAACCCAACUUCAAAUCUUUUCUUCCAUGAAGCCUGGAAACUUCAGCUAGAACUAUCAAAUGGCACAGGACAUGAAGAUCCCAUUUUCAGUAGCGUUGCCAAAGAUAUGCAUGAGAGGUUUGACAAGUACUGGAAAGAUUGCAGCCUCGUGCUAGCCAUUGCUGUUGUCAUGGAUCCACGUUUCAAGAUGAAGCUUGUUGAGUUCAGUUACUCCAAGAUUUAUGGGGCUGAGGCUGCGAAGUAUGUUAAGGUGGUCAAUGAUGCUAUGCAUGAGCUUUAUAAGGAGUAUGUUGCUCAGCCACUUCCACUGACCCCAGCCUAUGCCGAGCACGGCGAAGCUAAUAAUGUCACAGCCAAUGCGAAUAACAGUCAAGGAGCUCCUGCUGCCACUGGUGAUGGGCUUCUAGACUUUGAUAUGUACCUUUCCGAGAUCCAGAGUAGCCAGCCCUCAAAAUCUGAACUGGAACAAUACCUGGAUGAAUCACUCACUCCACGUAUGCAGAAGUUUGAUAUUCUGAACUGGUGGAAGCUUAACACAGUCAAGUUUCCAACCCUCUCUAAAAUGGCCCGUGAUAUCUUGGCUAUUCCAAUGUCCAUGGUAAGCAGUGGCAACUCCAUAUUCACUGCUGGAACAGGAAAUCGCAUGCUCGAUGACUAUAGAAGCUCUCUUCGUCCUGAGAUUGUGGAGGCACUUUUCUGUGCAAAAGACUGGCUCCAGUACUCAGCAGCUGCCAAGGAUGCACCAAGUUCUGCACUGGUCAAGGCUGAAGGGUCAUAGGUUCGAUGUGGUCACUUAUUCCUUGUCGAACCAUGAAUCUGUCCAUCUAUCGUGAGUGUAGUAACUGUAGGCGUAUUGUAGGCUGAGAUUGUGAACUGAUUGUUAUUCUAAUAUCUGUCUUGUAGAGUUGCAAGUUUUUUGUGUUGAACUCUGUUUAACUUGCUGUUGUCAUGUAAUAGCUUUUGCUGUAUCAUGUUCUGGUGCUGUCUGACUUUGCAUGUGAUGUGCGUGUACAAGCUGCAGGAUGCAUCAGCUGGUUGCCUGUACUUUGUACCCUUGUUUUGUAUUCAUUUUUUAUGCACUGUGAUGUUCUUGUUUGUGUA